CAUUGAUCAGCUGCAACAUCCGCGAGCAUCGUAAUCGGCCCUCGUUUCUUUCUCGUAUUAGUCGUCGAUAGUCGCGUGCCGUUUCUCGAAAAAGCGAAACAGGGACGAAUGUUCUAGUAUACUCUGGCACGUUCUUUCGGUCGUUUCCGCGAACAUUCGGCCACGCUCGGCCAGCCAGUCACGUGGCCCCCGAUGCGUCCCACACAACAAAUAUAUUUAAGUUCCUCUGGGCGCGCACUGACAGUUUCGCUAUUGACCUGAACCCGCGUUGUUCGUUAACGCGUGCGUCUUCCCGAUUAUUCGGAAGAAACGAUUCUUUUCAACGCACGAAACUUUGAUUCGCGAACGUGCGCGCGCGCGCGUGUGUGUGUGCGUGUGACAGUGUUGUACAGUGGAAAAAACUAAACGAAUACUAGCGUGUUUCUCUUAUAUAACGAUAAAAGGAAGAUUGUGCGAGAAAGAGAAAAAAUAGGGAGAAGGAAGAUCGAACGAAGAAACGCGUAGGCUGAGACAACUGUCACUCAUUGUUCUCUCGGUAAUUUUGAAAGAUAUUUAAAAAAAAAAAGAAAAAAAAAACGAGAGUGUGCUGCCAAAACGUUUAAUUUUCGUUCGCCUUUUGUUAACACACCGGCACUGUUAUUUAGUGAGCUUUUUGGCUGAUUCUUUGAAAACGUAGCAAAGCAAAUAAAAAGAGAAACAAACACUUAACCUACAAAUAAGUAGUUAACCGUGAAAAAGGCCACGACUAAACUUCUCCCUAGAAGCCAGCAAUUUAAAAGAAAGGUCUUGUUGUCCGCGCGAGAGACAAAAAAGGAAAGCCCGUGUUCUAAAUCAGACACGGACCAAAAAGUCCAGAAAAUGGACUCGCCUGUCAUCGUGGACAAAGCAUCCGAAUUCGGAGAACCGAUUGAUUUGGAUCAUCCGUUCCCCGGUUUUCCAUUCGACGACGAAGGGUUUGGUCGUCGCAGCGACAUUCGAGCCCACUUGGACGACUUAGCAGCCCGUCAUCCAGAGUUCGCGGACCAUCUACUCGGACCCCCUUGGGGCGACAUACCUUUCCAAAGUUCUUUCCGCAACCGAAACCACCACCGUGGCUCUGGAAACGGUUAUCAGCAACAACAACAACAGGGUUAUUCCGACGAGGACGCGAGGAGCCAAGCGAGCGGAAGCAGCGCUACGAGCGGAGCAAGCGUCGGUUCCCACGGUGAACCGGAGAGUAAUCAGUACCAGGAGCCGAAUCAUCGAUCACACGAUUCCGAGCACACCCCUAAAAAGAACCAAAUACCUCAGUACGGACUACGUAACACGGUAGACAUAGGACAACAUCGUCACAACAUGGAGAACCCGGACAAAGGAAAUCGCGGGCAACGUUCGAUGUCCGCUCCGCCAGAAAACAGACAGUCGUCGAAUCAACAGCAGCCUCAUCAAGAGCAACAAACCCAGCAACAGCCAACGGGACAGAGAUACGUCUCGAGGAUAGACAUAACGCCGCAACACAAUCAACCUCAGCACCAGCAACACCAACAGCAACAACAGCCUCAACAGCAGCAAUCGCAGAAACCUCAACAGCAGCAGGGCAACGUUAGGCAUAUACCUAUUUUCGUAGAAGGUAGAGACGAACCUGUGUUGCCGAGAAGCUUCGACGAAAAAUCGAAUUUCAGAAGAGAACCAUCUCCCACACAAUUUCACGCGCCACCGCCUCACUUCCAGAGGUCGUCCCCGUUCGGGGACGUAUUCGCUGGAAGACACCAAUGGUCCCCGCACUUUCAAGACACUUUCUAUCAACAACCGACGUCCGCGUUCGAGCAUCCCUCGCGCAGGCAACAACAACAACAACCUCACAGUUUCCAGCAGUCUAGAAAACCUCAGCAACAGAAUUACGAGCAAGCGAAAUCGCAACAAAAGCCUCGGCAACAGUCUCCGCAGGCUCAGCAACAGCAGCAGGAACCACCACCGCCAAAGCCUAAACCUACCGUUCCGAAAGAUCCUCUGGAAAGGGUAGCGUUAAUUCAGAAAGAAAUCGACUCUUUGGCGGAACAGGUGAAACAGUACAAUGGAAACUCGAGGACGGAUAAGCAGUACAUAUAUUUGGACGAGAUGCUGACGAGGCAGUUGAUCAAAUUGGACGAUAUCGAGACCGAGGGUAGAGACAACGUCAGGCAAGCGAGGAAGAACGCUAUCAAGACUAUACAAGAGACGAUCGGCUUGCUCGAGUCGAAAGCGCCUCUGCCUUCGCAACAGACACCCUCGAACGAGCAAGAGGAACAAGACAAACAGCUCUCCACCGACGCCGAUAAUUCUGGACAAAUCACCGAUUCCAUGGACAUCGAUCAGCGACCAGAGGAUCAGACGUCGAAUAAAGACGCCACGACCACCACCGCUACCGCCACCACCACCACCACCACCACCACCUCCACUACCACCACAAACACCGAACAGCCAGAAGUUACGGAAGCUGAUCGAAAAACGACGGAGAUUCAAUCGAAAGAACCCAUACCGUUGCCCCCUCCUUGUCCAUCGUCCGAAGAGAAGUCUUGUACGAACGACGCCGAUCACCGGACGCUCGAAAUGGACGUCGCUCCGAGUCAGACCCCUAGCGAACCUAUGGACACUGGUUCGACGGAGAAAUCGAAACCGACCGACUCGCAACAGACUGCUAGUACGGAGGAGAAGGUGGUCGAAGUCGAAAACACCGUCGACGAAACGUCGAAGAAACCGGAAGACGAGGCUGAACGGAGGAAAUCGGAUAAGGGGGACGCGAACAAGACUGAUACGUCCGAGGAGAUGAAAAAAGAAGAAACGGAAAAGGAGAAAAAGUCCAGGCAGCAGGAGGAGGAGCAACAACGACAGAAGGGAGACGAGAAGAUGGACGUGGACAACGAAGUUAAACAGUCGCCGAAGACGCAAAAGAAAGGGAAAAAAACGAAGAAACAGCAGACAGCCACAACGUCCGAUAAACCUAUACCGUUGCCAGCGCCUGAAAGCACGGCAGACAGCAAUAAGUAAAUCUGUAGAGAUCGGAGAUGAAAGAGAAGAAAAACUGUUGCGAUCUGUUGCACCGACGACGGAUACACGCGAAUAUUAUUCUGGCUGCGCGACCAACAACCACUUUCUAAUCAAACGGAGACAGCAAACCCGUUUAGGUAAUCGUUUCAGAGGCUACUACCUAGUUCGUUGCUGCCUAUCCGGUGGUUGAUAUUCUUUUCCUUUUCGAUAUUUUUAUUGGUGCCGGAUUGGAAACGUCGUGGAUCGACGUGUUCGCGCAAUCCACAAGCGAAAGAACGGUUCCUCGUUUAUGACCCUGACUAUCGUUGUUGCACCACGCCCUUCAUCGUUUUCGCGCUCAACGGAGUAUCGCGAGUUAAACUCCUUAGAGAGACAUUAGGCUGUAUGUAUAACCGCUAAUACAUCGAGCUGCGUCUCAUUCUGAGAAGCUACGUCCUUUAGGAAUUUUAUCCACGAGUUUACUUUCUUUCUUUCUUUUUUCCCCCUUUUUUCUCUUUUUUCUCUUUUUUUCUCUUUUUUUCUCUUUUUCUCUCUUUUUCUCUCGUGCACGUUCACUGCCAUCGAUAAAAAUGGCUGUGCGUUCUAUGAAACAAUAUAAUUUAUUUCACUUUUCGAUGUUAGUUACGCGAAUGUGCUAAUGUACCUUAUCGACGCGGUACUAUCUUACGAUUAGAAUUAUUUCAUCGUACUCUCGUCGAUACCGUUUUAUCUUUUUUACCGUUCGAUCCUCGCUCUCGUCCUUUUCUAUGUAGAAUACGAGCGAAUAUGUUCUUUUCGCCUUCUACGUAUCGUGCAUCACGAAUCGUUACGCUACUAGCUUUUGCAUAGAUCUUAAGAUUGCUAGUGUUCACAAAUUUUCUAUCGAUCUACGGAAUAAAAGAUUAUCGUGCUUGUGCGUUUCUUACAUAGAAAUAAAAUUUCCAAAAGGACUCUGGGAGACGCGAAUGAAGAGCAGCUCUAAAUAUGUUCCGCCACAUAAGCCUUAAAACUAUUGCAACGACAAAAUAAAAAAAAAAAGGGUUGCACUUUGAACGAGCUGAAUCGUGUCAGUCUCCUAGACCACAAGAGUGAUUUUCAUUUAUUGUUUCCCUUUCGUUCUUUCUCUCGGUUCUCUUUCUUUUCUAUAUUUAUUGGACUAGAGAUUUUUCUUCUUUCGAAUAUAAAAGCGAAUAUAAAAGAAAGGAAAUCAAAUUGAUAAUCAUCGAGAAAUGAUCUCGAUCGAGAGAAAAGGAAAGAGGAAGAGGGAGGUAGCUCUGUUUUACUUUCGAACCGUUUAAGAAACCGAUAUUUAGCGUAUUAUCGAGACUGACCUGAUCGAUAUUCGAGAAUUUUAUUAAUGAUUCAUUUUAGCACGAACGCGUUGGAACGUCGAAGAUGAAUGUUUCUACGAGCGGAACGUGUUCGUUUCCGGAAGUAUUACAGCGCACGUCCUCAUGCAUAAUGAUUAAUUAACUUUAUUAUUGUUAUUAUUAUUAUUAUUAUAUAAAAUAUUUAUAAUUUAUUGUGCGCCCGCUGAACAAUUCAGUUACUAGUUUCGUGCAAAAAGUGUAACAGGGUGUUGAAAUAAAAUGCUUUAAAAAACGGACGCACUUAUAGUCUGUACGUACAAGCGUUGUUAUCGAGAAAGGUAUUCUAGAACAACGUUAAAUGAUACAUAAGUACUUUGAACGAAUUUAAUCGGUAACGUUUCAACAUCCUGUAUCUUAUACGUAUAGAGUGUUAUCACCUAGAAAAUACGCGUCUAGUGUACGGACCAUGUACAUAUUAAUAUCGUACGUGUUCGUUUUGUAAAAAAAUUAUGCAUCCUUCGUUCGUUGUUAAUUAUUCGAUAGGAAUUAAAAAAAAGUGUCGAUACUCGUUCGGAAAGGACGAACAAUAUUAAAAAAUCAGUUUCUUUUUUAUUUCCUUUUCUUUUGCCACGUAAUAUUACGCAAUUAUAUUUGGUACCGUUGCUGACUGACUCGUGUGUACAGAAAGUUAUAAAUUUACUGCCAUCUCAUUUGUAUGGCCUCUAAAUUAAAAUACUUGAAACUGUGUUUAAUCGAAUCGAAUAAAAUAUCGUUAAAAUAAUAAGUGAAAAUUUAGUCGGGAUACCGAAUAACAACGGUCGCGAUCAUUUUAUGGUUCCUUGUUCAGGAUCGAUACACUCGUCUUUUCUUAUUUUCCUUUUUCUCCUUCCUUCUCUCCACAAGUUUUUCUUUUUUCUCUCCCUCUAUAUAAUGUUUACUUAUCUGUAGAGAUGUUACACUGCACUUUCAGCCAGAAAUUUUGUAUUUUUUAAACGCGUGCGAAAGAAAAAAAAAUGAAUGUAGAUCAUGCGUGUGUUUAGGAUGAAUGUGCGAGCAUGAAUUUACAAGCUGGAA